AGUGGAGGCGAGACGAAACGCCGAAGCGUCAAGUGAGGCCUUGGCUUUAAAAUGGCCACUCCUGGUGUCGCGCGUACAACGCAAAGCAACGUUACUCCGUCAGAUCGUUCUCGAUCCCUACGGUACUCGCGAAUGUAGAGUAUUUCGGCGAGUGUCCCAUCGUAAUCAUCCUGAAUAUCAGUAUCGUCCUCAUCCCGGAGAUUGUGCGUGUGAAACAGAAUCGGAAACGACGGAACGGAGACAGCGAGGUGUGCGAGAGCGAGGUCCUCGGCGUCGCGCUGUGCGGCGUUAGUGACGCUUCCAUGACGUCCUGGCAGUGACACUUCACUGAUAUAUACAUCGGUGUCAUCGGUACCUGGGUACCUUGACGUCGUAUCUUCGACGACGCGCGUGACUCAUCUCGCCGAGGGAAGGAACCUUCUGCGGUUGAGACGGUGGAGCCAUCGGCGACGCUUUCGUGGCGCCUCAGUGACCUCUCGAUUCUACCUUAACAAAUACUCUUCCUGGACGAAAUCGACAUGAGUAGGAGCAACGAGAGCGGUAUAUCUUUAGCAACGCCGCCAGCGAUUCAUGUUGGGCCUAUCGUCACACCAGGGUCCAAUGAAACUAUUUCCAUCGUGAUACCGUUAUCAGCACAGCUGACCACAAUGGCUAGUCAGAAAGUCGACAAGAAUAGUAAGGAUUAUGGCAGUGAUACAAAACGGGCAGUCCCAGUAAUUGUCAAUCCUCCUCGAAGUCCGAGGAACAGGACGUGUGGAAAAGGCUGUCCCUUUCCUACAUGCAUGCGAUAUGGACGAGCAUUUUCUAGAUUGCACGAUUUGAAGCGGCACAUAGCUCGGCACGCGAUGCGCAAGGAAAAGCUGCAGCAAACUGAACAAAAAGUGCGCGAUACAGAAAACAAAGGCGGAUAUCCUUGUCCGCGAUGUACGAAGAGGUAUAACGAUGAGGAUAAACUCAAAGCUCAUCUGGUCUCACAUGGCAAAAUAACGCCAAAGAACAAUCACUUGAAGCAAGAAGACACACAUACUAGGAAUACGCUGCAGAGUCAUCAAGCGAUGAUAGAUAAGUCAUCAACAAUUGUGAAAAACGAGGACGACUUCCUUCUGGAAGAGAUGCUAUUGAUAAAGAAGGAUCCUCGAAGGACAGACAAAAACGAUUCGAAGAUUAGGUGCGAUUACUGUUCAAAAACUUUCAAAACCAAGUGGACUCUGAGCUCGCACGUGGCCGCUCAUGAAGGUCGUUUUCAGUAUGACUGUGGUCUAUGCGGUAAGAAAUUCGUCAGGAAGAGCCACUACGAGGGUCAUCUACGCUCUCAUGAGGCUGCCAGGCCGUACUCCUGCGAGCAAUGUGGUAAAACGUUCAAAGAGCUCAAGCAUCGUCGCGAACAUACCAAGAGAAAGCAUCCAAGUAAUCAGAGCGCAAUACAAAGUUUGUUAGAUAGCAUUGGGCCGUGCGCAGCCGAAGAGACAAACAUUGAUCAGGCCAAAUUCACUUUGUUAAUGCCAGUAAAUUUUGGCGGAUAAGAAGAGUCGAAGAGGCCUUUGUCGUCUAAAAAGAUUACUGUGGAUCCUUCAUGUUCAACUGUAAGAGUUUAAUUCCUCGGAACUUUUUUGGAUCGAUCCAGAUUAGAAUAUUGCAUCCUUGGAACCUUGGGCCUUUUGUACUUUGGCUUUUUGGAACUUCGGAUGUUUAGGUGAUUCGACCCCUGGAACUUUUAUUAUUUAGAAGACGGAUUCCUUGAAACUGUGAAUGCUUGGAAAAUUGAAUUCUUACUUUAAAUCUUUCGAAUAGUUGCUUGAAAGAUGAAAUUUUGGAUCGAUACUAUCUUACAUUUAGAUCUUUGAAAGUGUCAAUUUUUUUGGAUCUUUGGAAUUCUGAAGUGAAAUUUAUCUUAAAGUAUUCCAAAGUUACUCAACGACCAGAAAGUAAUAUGUUCAAAUGACAACUUUUUCAAGUUGGAUGACAAACAAAAACUUAAUUGACUUUAAUAAUUGACAAAUCAAAACCAUGUGAACAUUAUGCCGAUUAUAUUCAAUUUAUCAUUCUAUACUUUACGAGAAAUAUAUAAAAAAAUAAAUCUUGAACCAA